CUUCACCAUAAAGACUGAGUACAGUCAGAGUUGCAAAGUAUUUAGAUUUUUGGUAUCACAUUGAAAUGCUGUUAUUUGGAGUGAUAUUCAUUGCUCUUGUGAUGGGUGCAGAAGAGCCAAAAUGCCAGAUCCAGGGAUGGCUCUUGUCACCUCAGUUCAUGAAAGAAGGUGACAUUAUGAUUGGGGGUGUCUUUUCUUUUCAUCUCACUCUUCUCAACGACAAGCCAACAUAUAAAACAGUGCCUGAGUUGCCUAAAUGUUUGGGUCUUUCCAAGAGAUAUGAAGAUUACCAAGUGGCUGCCACUAUGAUGUUUGCUAUAGAAGAAAUAAAUAACAGCUCCAAAAUUCUGCCUGGCAUUACUCUUGGUUAUAAGAUUUUUGAUGGCUGUGGAUCUGUACGCACAGCUGUUAGGGCUACGAUGUCACUGAUGAAUGGUCUAACACAAAAAAAUGUCCUUGGCAAAUCAUGUAGCACAUCUUCAAAUGUUCAAGCAAUCAUUGGGCAUUCUGGAUCAUCCUCAUCAAUUGGCAUUGCAUCAACUGUUGGACCAUUUCAGAUUCCUGUGAUAAGUCAUUUUGCAACCUGCGCCUGCCUAAGCAAUAAACGUGACUAUCCAACAUUUUUUCGAACAAUACCAAGUGAUUAUCAUCAAAGCCGAGCCUUAGUUCAGCUUGUAAAAUAUUUUGGGUGGAACUGGGUUGGAGCAAUUAAAACUGACAAUGAAUAUGGCAAUGGAGGAAUGGCCACCUUUGUUGAAGUAGCAAAGAAAGAAGGUAUCUGCAUUGAAUAUUUGGAGACCUUUAGCAAAAAUAGUAAAAAAGAAGUUUUCCUCAAAAUUAUAAACUUACUACAAACAUCUACUUCCAAAGUGGUUGUGGCCUUUGUGACGCUUUCAGACAUGGAGUUCUUGACAAAUGAACUGUUGCUUAACAACGUGACGGGUGUGCAGUGGAUAGGAAGUGAAUCAUGGGCUUCCACUAAAAGCCUAGCAACAGCUACAAAUUUCAGAGUUCUUGGUGGGACGCUUGGUUUUGCAAUAAGCAAUGCUGUAAUACCAGGUCUUAAAGAAUUUUCACUGAAAAUACGUCCAUCAGACUCUCCUGGCUGGGUUGAGUUCUGGGAAAAUAUCUUCGGCUGUAGCCUGACAUCUCAAGAUAAGACUGUAAGUGCAUGUACAGGAUUUGAAACUCUCCGAGAUGUUAACAAUGAAUUCACAGACUUCACAGAACUAAGAAUUACUAAUAAUGCAUAUAAAGCAGUAUAUGCCGUUGCUCAUUCUCUUCACAAUUUAUUGUCAUGUAAUGAUGGUAAAGGGCCUUUCGCUAAUAACUCCUGUGCAAAUAAGGCAAACUUUGAACCCUGGCAGGUACUGCACUAUGUGAAAAAGGUUAACUUCACUACAAAGACAGGAGAAAAUGUCUAUUUUGACAUUAAUGGAGAUCCAGUAGCAAGAUACGAACUGGUAAACUGGCAAUUAAUGAAGGAGGGUAAUGUAAAAUACAUUACAGUUGGAUACUAUGAUGCCUCUCUAACAGAAGGGGCACAGUUUGUAUUGAAUAAUUACACUAUUAUUUGGGCUGGCAAUAAGACUAAGGUACCUACGUCGGUGUGCAGUGAGAGCUGUCCCAUUGGCACACAUAAAGCUAUUCAGAAAGGGAGACCAGUUUGUUGUUUUGAUUGCAUUCCAUGUGCAGAUGGAGAAAUCAGUAAUACAACAGAUUCUAUGGAGUGUUUGAGCUGUCCAGCAGAAUACAAAUCAAAUAAUGUAAAAGACAAAUGCAUCUUGAAAGAAAUUGAAUUCCUAUCAUUUGCUGAAAUUAUGGGCAUUGUUCUUGUAGCAUUUUCAUUUCUUGGAGCUGGUGUAACUGUUGCGAUAAUUGCUGUGUUCUUCAAUCACAAAGACACUCCAAUUGUCAGAGCUAAUAAUUCAGAGUUAAGUUUUCUUUUGCUGUUCUCUCUGACACUGUGCUUUCUUUGUUCACUUACCUUUAUCGGAGAGCCCUCUCCUUGGUCCUGCAUUUUGCGUCACACAGCUUUUGGGAUCACAUUUGUCUUGUGCAUUUCUUGUGUCCUGGGAAAAACUAUAGUGGUGUUAAUGGCUUUUAGGGCCACACUUCCUGGCAGCAACAUUAUGAAAUGGUUCGGACCAAUGCAGCAGAGGUUAAGCGUGUGCAGUUUCACACUCAUACAAGUUACAAUUUGCACUUUAUGGUUAUCUGUAUCUCCUCCUUUCCCAAUACGAAAUAUGAAAUACUACAAUGACAGAAUUAUUUUAGAAUGUGACUUAGGAUCUGUUGUUGCAUUUUACUCUGUAUUAGGAUAUAUUGGAUGUCUGUCUAUUUUAUGCUUUGUUUUGGCUUUUUUGGCUCGCAAGCUGCCAGACAAUUUCAAUGAAGCGAAAUUCAUCACCUUCAGCAUGCUAAUAUUUUGUGCUGUUUGGAUCACCUUCAUCCCUGCUUAUAUCAGCUCACCUGGUAAAUAUACUGUAGCUGUAGAAAUAUUUGCCAUUUUAGCAUCCAGUUUUGGUCUGCUUUUUUGUAUAUUUAUUCCUAAAUGCUAUGUUAUUUUAUUUAAACCAGAACAUAAUACAAAGAAGCACUUAAUGGGUAAAAUGCCAUCAAAAUCUCUCUGAACUACUGUAUAUAGGCAUCUUUUUUUGCUUUAAAUUUUCUUUUUUAAAUAAAAUUUAUCUUUUCCAAACAUGUUUCAACCAUAUAUGGAGGUGCAAAAUAAAUAUGUACUAUUGUAAAUACAGGUAUAUUACAAAUAUUAAAUUUUAUGAAGAAACUAUAAAAAAAGUAAUCAAAAUACUUCUCAUAAAGUAACAUUUAUUAUAUGCUUCAUUUUAAAAUGUACACAGAAUAUAUUGUGCUCUACUCUGAAUAUAAUUAAUUUAUAAAAUAAAUUCAGUACCUUUUUUACACAGUCCAAAAAGAAUGUAUGCUUUGGUGCAGUUCAAAAAAUAAAAUAAUUUUUAUAUUUAGCAGUUUCUAUUUAGGUGAGGCACUCUCUGUGACAUGUUCUUUCUGCUUAGUUU